AUGAAAAAAGUCUUCGGCGCCUUGGCGCUGUGCAGCGUCUUCCUCUUCUUCCGCAGAGACUUCUGGUCGGGCGCUGUUGAGGCGGACGUGGCCCCAGCCAAGGUGGCCUCCGCGAAGCUUUCGGAGACGCUGAAGGUGGAGGAGCAGAAAAGGCGCAAAUACGCGUUUCUCCACACGUCCAAGACCUCCAGAAGAUCCUUUUGCGAAGCGGAGGGCUGGGAUUUGGAGUGGUCGGACGAAUUCAGUGGCGAUAGCUUGAACUUGACGUCCUGGGAGCUUGUCUCCAGCAAAGGCGGCUAUGAUAACAUCGAUCUGCCGGUUGGAGGCCUGAAUGUCACAGCUUGCCGCUGCGCUGCAUGCCGCCGGGAGAAUGCCGUGGUGGAGGAUGGCAAGCUUCGAAUAAUUUCCGAGCGGGACCCGGAGGACAACACCAGGUAUUACUCGGCUGCUCUUUCCACAAAGGGCCGCCUGUCCUGGACGACCGACAACGGGCCCUUUCGUGUCUGUAUCCGCGCCAAGCUACCGCUCAAUACCCGAGGUGUUUGGCCGGCGCACUGGAUGCUUCCUGAGAACGGCCUCUCUGACAAAUGUCUCGAUGAAGGCGAGAUGGACAUCCUGGAGAUGGUAAGUGGUGACGGCAAGGCGUACCAUGCGUACCACUGGAUGUCCAGCUGGCCUGGAAGCCAUUGCGCCGAUUUCGAGACCUUCCAUCGCUCGGUCUCCUCAAGCAUGAUCGUGCGGGAGUACAGCACCGAGUUCCAUGAGUAUGCCGUUGAAAGGACCCCCGAUGGCAUCCGAUAUGCCAUCGACGGCGUGCCGACUGGAAGUUAUCGGGCUGUGGAGCGCGGCUUUACGCUCUCGUCUGCGCCGUGGUUCCUCAUCCUGAACACAGCGAUUGGAGGUGGAUGGCCGGGGUAUCCGGCGCCUGAGGUGACCUCUAUGCCCGUGGAGCACGUGAUCGACUGGGUCCGUGUUGUGCGGCGACGUCUGCACAAGCCUCCAAGACCUGCCCAGACGCGCUCUAGCCUAUGCAGCUGGGGUGCUGUUGCGUCUGGAGCUUUGCGAGCUGCAGAUCUGGCCGUGAAGAACACCUUUAUUCAUGUGGACGAUGGCGAGCUUGAAUGGUGGGAUCCCACCUGCCGACUCCGACGCACCACAAGCUGCCCAGGUCGCCUCCAGGUAUAUGAGCAGGCCCAUAUCGUCGUGGAGGCCCAGCAGGAGAGUCCAAAAGCUCCCAGGCUCGAGCCUGUGCUGCUUCUGAAGACUGGCUUGUGGGAAGACUCCACUGAUGUGGAGGACUCCACGCCCAUCGACGAAUCUUCGAUGUUGGAGCGGAACCUGCUCUUGCACCAGCUCGGCAACUGCAAGCCAUGCUCCUACUACUACUUCAAGGAGGAUGGUUGUCGAAAUGGCGAUAGUUGUGAGUUCUGCCACUUCUGCUCUCCAGCAGCCGUGAAAGAGA